AUGGCCUUUACAAUGGAUAUCCACCUGCCUAAAAGGUCGGUGUCUCAGAAAGAACCAAAGGCACAGGAAACCAUCUUGGAUAUAUUUUUCACCAAUACAACAGCACCAACAUUGUUAAGAAGUUUUCUGCCUGGAGUUAUUUCCAUAUCUGUGACUAACUGUAUAGUACAGAGUUAUACAUACUUCCUGACAGGGACAGCUGAAUUCUUUCUUUUUGCUGUAAUGUCUUUUGAUAGAUAUAUAGCAAUUUGCCAUCCUUUACAUUAUAAUGUUAUUAUGUGCAAAAAAGUGUGCAUUCAGUUUAUUUGUGGAGUAUUGAUUGGAUCUUUUAUUUCUGUAUCUCCACCAUUAAUCUUGUUUAUGAGACUUACAUUCUGUUUUAACCUGAUAAAUCAUUUCUUUUGUGAUAUUGGACCUCUUCUGAUGAAUUCUUGCACUGAAACACAGUCUGUUCAGCUUUUAUCUUUGGUUAAUACUUCAGUAUUGUUUUUCUCUCUCAUAGUCACAGUCAUAUCUUAUAUUUCCAUUAUGGUGGCCAUUUUGAGAAUAAAGUCUAAAGAUGGUAGGGACAAAGCUUUCUCCACCUGCUCUUCUCAUGCAAUAGUGGUAGCACUGGUUUUUGGAAGCUGUAUGCUAAUGUAUGUAAGGCCAGUUGAUGGGAAUAUCUUGGAUAGUAACAAAAAGCUAUCAAUUCUAAACACAGUAAUAGUUCCUUUAAUUAACCCAUAUGUAUAUACUUUACGUAACAAAUUGGUGAAAGAAUCACUCAAACAAGCACUAAACAGGACACUAAACAGGUCUAAGUAA